CAGAGCUCUCAACGAAGAUGCUUUCAUGACAUAUAAUCCAAUCACAAAGCUGUCGCAAUAGCAGACGACAAGGACUCGCUCAUCUUCUCACGAUGGCGUUCUCCAAUGACCCAGUACCGGUCAACUCAGACCCCCAACCCCUACACCUUGAACCCUCAGAGCUAGGCACGAAGGAAUACUGGGACCACCUCUACACAACCGAACUCAGCAACCACGCCUCCGACCCUACCGACACGGGCACCAACUGGUUCGACGACUCGAACGCGCAGGACAAAGUCAUCGAGUACCUCUCCACGCUGUCCCUCCCACAAUCCAUGACGUCCUUCCUCGACCUCGGCACGGGAAACGGCGCGCUCCUCUUCGGCCUGCGCGACGACGGGUGGGCGGGGCGUAUGCUCGGCGUAGAUUAUAGCGAGCGGAGCGUCGAGUUCGCGCGCCGAAUCGCCGUCUCACGGCGGAUGGAAAGAAAAGAGGAGGGACUUGAGGAAGAGAAAGAGGAUGUCGAGUUCAGGUGGCAUGAUAUCUUGAACACCCCCCCUGAGCAACUGUUUUACAACGGAACCGAGGGGCAAUGGGACGUAGUCCUCGACAAGGGGACCUUCGACGCUAUCUCCUUAUCGGCCGAGACGGACGCGAAUGGGAGGCGGGUUAGCGAGGGGUAUAGGGGCCAAGUGUUGAAGUUGGUCAGAGACGGGGGUAUAUUCCUGGUUACGAGUUGUAAUUGGACCGAAGAGGAGCUGGGGAAGUGGUUUGAGGGCGUCAAGGAGGGGGAUACGGAGGGGGUUACGGAGGGGGUUGGGUUUGAGAAGGUGGGCAGGGUACAGUAUCGGAGUUUUAGUUUUGGGGGUGUCCAGGGACAGACGAUUAGUACGCUGUGUUUCCGCAAGAUGGUUAGGAGGUGAUGAUGGGUUUACAAGGGAUCGGUCUGCCAAUUUAAAAGCGAGCUGCGAUCAAAGGCAAAUACGUCCCGGGAGAUACCCCUUGAUUUAAGUUCGGAUGAAGCCCUCCACACUAUUAGAUGGAAACAAAACAACAAAAACAGGAGAGCAUCUAUAAAAUCAUGCGCAUUUUUCGUGACCUCUGGUAUUGUAAUUGUACAGAACCCCGUAUAUCCUGGGGUUGACAAGCUGCUUCCGCACAGCCAGCCCAGGCCCUUGCUCAUCGU